AUGAACAGGCCCAGAAAUCGCCAACCGCGUCCGCCGCGCCAGGACAAACAAAAUGCAACCGGCCCUGGUCCUCCAUCGCGAGGCUCGUCGCGAGGCUCACCCGCGACGCCCCAACAGGCGGCGGGCACCGUCCCUACCGUCCAGCAAGUCAUCCCAGGAGCCUCCGUCUUCAUCAUACUGAAAGAAGACCAACCCACUGGCAAGGAAACCGCCGGCGUGGUCAGCCAGCUCCUCACUCGCGGCAACCACCCACGCGGCAUCAAAGUGCGCCUGAGAAACGGCCAAGUCGGACGAGUUCAGCGCAUGGGCACUGCUUCAGAAGCAGUGCCUGGGGUUUCUGAGAACUCCUCCAGACCCCAUGCGCCGUCGCGUUUCACCCACCGGUAUACAGAUGUCCGAAACGACAUCGACUUCCCUUCUGAGCCUCCGCCCAGGAGCCUGGCAGAUUUCCUCCCACCUGCGCCGUCGGAUAAUCACGCUGCUUCGGAUACGAACCAUGGUCCAGAUGCCGUGGUAAGCUACGUGGCCGUCAACUGCCCGAUUUGUGAUUCGUUUGCGGGGGACGAAGCCGCCGUUACUCAUCACAUCGACCGCGAGCACUUGAGCUGA